AUGUUCGGAGAGAAAGACCUGAACCAGGAGGAGGACCUGGAGCAGGCGUUAGCAAACCUGACAGUAGAAGACGUGCUGCAGAGGCUCAAGCCGGCAGACGGACAGCACCACGGCGGAGUCGGGCGUGACACCGACGCGGACUGGGAGAGUCAGUUGGCGGCCAUGUUGGAGUACAGCUCCACCCUGAUGGAGCAGUACGACGGCCUGACGAGGAAGCAAGGCGAGGAGGAGCAGGGGCGGGAAAAACAGAAAGUGCAGCUGCAGAAGAAGGAGGAGGUCACCCACCAGCACCAGGCUGUUCUGGAGAAGCUGGAAUCAGUACGCGUGAAGCUGCAUCUCAACAACUCGAAGGACAGGAAGAACUUCCUGACCAAGAAACAAGAGAAAGACCGGAAGAGCAAAGCAGAGGAGGACAGGAACAGGUACACCCUUUAUCAUGCUCACGUUGGCCAAAGAGCAUGGAGGAGAGCGAGACAGAAUCUGGCGGCGCUGACGGAGGAGCAGAGCGAAGAGCAGCGCAGGUGGCAGGAGGAGCUGGAGUGAGCUGAGGCGGAGAUGGAGAAGGUGAGAGAAGAGGCGCAGGAGGCCGAGCUGCAGGCGUUAAAGGACGAGAUCGCCGCCGUGGAGAAGCAGAGAGACGUCGCCAUGGAGCACAUCGAGUCCUGGCUCAGAGAGGUGGCGCAGUACCUGGGCACCAUCAGGGUGGAGUCCCCGCAGCAGUUCCACGAGAAGCAGAAGUGGUGGAAGAAGGAGGAGGCGGUUCGGAGGAGCCAGGCGGAGCUGCAGACCCUCAAGGAGGUCCUGCAGCAGCUGCAGCAAGGCCGCGAGUUAGAGUCCCUGCCCAGGAUCAAUGUACCGUCUCUGCCUCAGGUCCCCAUGGCCGAGCUGAGGUUCAACCAGGUGAUGCAGCCUUGCUUCCGCCCCCAGUUCAUGCCGCCGCCGCCUCCUCCUCCUCACCCGAUGAACCGCCCCUUCCUCCCGCAGAGACACCAGCACUUCUACAUCCCGCCGCCCCACCACCCGCAGUACCACCACCGCUUCCACCACCCGCCCCCUCCGCUCCACUUCCCCCCUCAGCCGCAGUUCCAGCCCCACAUCCGAGCUCCUCUGAGGGUGACCCCGCCUCCCAGUCACUCCCCGAUUCUGAGUCUGACUCCUCCUCUUGUCGCUCCCUCUCCGCCUCCGCCUGCUGCCGGCGCCGCCGCCACCGGCUGCAUCCUCCGCCCCGCCGGGAAGCUAGACAAAGUCCUGGACAAGCUGGAGACGUUCCCACAAUGCAACAGGGCCCAGGUGAAGUCGCUGCUGCAGCAGGUGAAGACGUCUCGCGGCACGCUGGCCGGUCUGGUCCAUGGAGGAGCUCAUGGAGCAGUCGGGUUGAAGCUGGCGCAGAGCGAGCGAGCGCCUCCCGGACCAAUCAGCCGGCCCGCUCCGCCCGGCCCGAUCCAGAGACCGUCGGCUUCCCCGCAGAGAGCAGCAGCGGCGGGCGGAGCGGGCGGCGGGCAGAGCACAGCGCCACGUAAACUCUGCCUCAUGUGUCAGAACCUGGUGGAUCCAGAGAGCCGGUACCCGCUCAGCUGCGCCCACGUCAUCCACAGAGACUGCAUCCAGGUCUGGCUGCAGUCCAGCAAGAACAACUCUCUGCCCGUUCUGCCAGGCCAAGUGACGGAGGAGCUCCACCCUCUCUGACUCUGAUCCAAGACACCGAUCUGAUCCGCUGCGCGCCUGUCUCUUUAAGAAGUUGUUCAUCAGGUGUGUUCAUGAAUCAAACGGCGUGCACGAAUCUGAGCCUCAAAAACACUUGACCCCUUUCAAACCUGAGUUUCAGUUUGAGACGUUGAAUGUAUAAACAAAGUCUGACAGCUUCAGAGUUUAAUAUUAUCAUUAUUAUUAUUAUUCUAUUGUUUUAUAUAUUUUCGGUUGGUUUAUUAAGAAUGAUGCCAAAAUAAAUUUGCCUUAAAUUUGUAAAGUUCAGAAAAACAUGUUGGAAAAAUAAAAACUGUUUGAUGAAA